AUGUCGUUUAUUGAAGGUGUUGGCGAUGAUCUUCUCUACGCGUUUAGUUUCCUUGGAUUUAUUGGUAUUAUAAUACUGGCGUGGUUUUCAUCUCACGUCAAUAAUAUUCAUUUGCCUGCAACAUUAUUUAUUAUUGAAGGAAGAACACGUCUUAGAAACGACGAGCAAGCAGAAAGAGACAGUUCAAGUCCGUCACGAGACUUAAAUUCACCGAAUGAGCAAACACCACCACUCUCGUCUAUUAAUGAAACUUCAACCGAGCAUGAAUCUGAUAAUGAUUCGAGUGAAAACGAUGAAUAUAUGUAUGAACAAACACCAACAUCAGCCGAAUCAAACACCAGUCAAGCACAAGAAUCCCCACUAGAUUCAAACGAAUCAGAAUCUCAGAUAGCAACCGAUGAGCAAGAAGAUCAGUCAUUGAGAAUCACUAUUAAAUUUUUGAAUGAAACUCAAAAAUCAAUAUUAGCUAAUGCCACUGAUACGAUCUCUAAAGUCAAAAGAUUAUAUUUCGCCGAUGAAUUAGCGAGCAAUAAAAUCGUUCGAUUCAUUUAUCAAGGCCGUGAAUUGCAAGAUUCUGAAACUCUUCGUACGUGUAACAUACGCGAUCAAACUACAAUUCAUUGCCAAAUAAGUAUCCGAAGGCUUCCAACGCCAAAUCGAAUUAAUGAUGACGCAUCGGCAGGGCAUGUAAAUACAAAUGGAUUUGAUACAUUAUCCUUAAUUGAUACAUCACCUAUUAGUAUUUCGCCCUAUUUUAUGUUUCUAAUGACAUUAAUGCUUGGAUCUGCCUGGUAUUUACGUAUUAAGUAUCGCAUUCUAUUCACGCCCAUAUCGACAAUAAUUCUCUUAUUGAUUACAAUCAUACUUUUAAUAUUUACAUGCGGUCUUUUAUUAACGGCACGUCGACAAGUAUCAGAUACGAGGAUUCCAGCACAGCUACGGCAUGUUCAUUUGGAUUGA